AUGUCCGAAACAAACUCCACCGCCGAUCUCGAUGACUACAUUAACUUCUUCCACGAAAGCAAGAUCGAAACAUGUUUCUUGAAGGGAGCAAGGUGCCACAUCAGUAGGAUCAGCCACUGUACCCUCGCUGACUGCGUUCUGGGUGCCUGUGCAAUUAUCGGUACGAAGGUGGUCAACUGUACUAUUGAUGAGAAGGACGAGGAUGAAGAUGAGGAGGGAGAAAGCUCGGAGGAGGAGGGAUGUGACGAGAAUGAAUCACUUGGUGGUGAUGGUCUUGAUAGCACUGAUGGUUUUGAGAAGGUUGAGAUACAGGAGGUGCCUGAAGUAAAGGCAGAGGCAGAACUGAAGGAGGAAGAGGGCAAGGAAUAG